AUGCGACGAGGAGCCGCUCUUAGUCAAUUUCUGAAUGGUGCGUGGCGGCUGGCCGUCGCACUGACGAUUAUCGGAGCGGAAGCCGGUGUUCCUCUCAGUGUUCGAGCUUUCGAGGAAUUAGUGUCGGCGAAGAUAAAGGGCGGAUUGAUUUCGUUGAAGAUCCGUCCCAACUAUAAUGUGGUGACCGGCUACCCCAAUAAGACGAACAACUGGCAGCGUUCCUACUUUUACGUCAAAUCUGACAGGGCUGCGUUCGAAGAACCGCUGAAGACCGGCUACCGUGUUUUAUGGACCGAGAGAUGGUGGCUCUUCCGAACACCGCAGAGUACGAGGAGGAUUUUUGGAGAGCGCGCGUCUGAUCGCAUCGCAGAAACAGGCCAUUGGAAUAAUUUCUCCUAUCAGAGGAUUAGUCGAUCGAUCGGGUGGAUUAGUCAGCAGGUUUGGCGUUCGGAUACAAUCCCUAUAAUCGCGAAUAAGACGAAGAGGCUCAAUUUAUUCAAUUCAGCCGAGCAAAGGGAAGUAAAUCGAGCAAGAGCGAUGAGGACUUUGCCGAAUUUGAGUCUGGUGGUCGCGAGGAAAGCCGGCUUCGCGAAGAAGCCGCAGCCUGAUACUGCAGUUUCGCCCGAUUUCGGAGAUCCGAACGUGACUGAGUCCGAUGUUGAGGCUCGGCUGAGAGGGAAAAGAAGAAGGCGCUUCCUGGCGAUUCGGUCCUCGUCUGUCGAGGAAGGCGAGCUCAAGGACCUGGAGCCGAGUGGCGGCUCCAAAGAUGAGGUGGUCCCCGAGUCGCUGCCCACUGGUAGCCGUGACGAAGAUCCGCCGGUAACUUCGUCAAAGGCUGAGAAAAAAAAGAAGAAGAAGAAGAAGAAGAGGAACGCUGAAGUGAUUCCUCGAGGUUCUUCCGAAGAGCUGGACGACGAGCUGGUGGACGCCACCCGUUCCGGGGAAUCAUUGGCUCCGGAGAAUGAGGACGCGCAAGCUGAAUCUGCUCCUCAGGUCACCGAAGGGACCGUGGCUGUCUCGAAAAAGAAGAAGAAGAAGAAAAAGAGGAGUUGUCCUGACAAAGUCUCUUUUUCCUAUGAUCGCGAUGUCCCCUUAGCGCACGACGAACAGGAGUGCGGUCGUUUGAGUCACGGGGACUGGAACAUCUUAGUCAGGAAGUAUGACGAAGAGCUGAAGGGGGCUUUUGAGAUGGUUCGUAAGCAGAAGGGACUCAGCAGACGCGCGACCCGGGCUCUGAAUAAUUCAGUUCGUGAAAAGAACGAGGCGGUUGCUCGGGAGGAAGAGUUGAAGAAGGAGCUUGACGAGCAGCGGGCGAUCAUGGCGACCGAACUGGCGUCUGCCCGGGAGUUGGUGAAGCGGGCGGAGGAGGAGAAAGCCCAGAUGCGGAAGAGGAACGCUGAGCUGCAGGGCAAGAACACGACCCUUGAGAAAGAGGUGGUUGCUGCGUCCUUAGAGUAUUCCAAGCAGAUGGAUCGCCUGAGGGAGUCUCGUAAGCUUGAGGUCACCCAUGAACGAAUCCGUGUAAUGGCGGCGAUGACCGGGAAAUGUGCCCGACGCUUCAGGAAUAUUCAGGAUCGGGAGAAGCGUCGUGACGAGUUCGAGGACGCGCGGUGUAUGCUCGGCCAAGCGCGCGGAAUGCGAGACUGCCUCGAGGCCUUGAGGGAAUCGGGAAAGGAUAUCCCGCAGGAGACCAUUGAUACGUACUCCGAUUUGGAGAAGUAUUAUGAAGGGGAGACGGUUCGCCUGGAAGUAGGCGUGAUUCCGGACUCGGAUCUGACCUUAUCCCCUUUGGUGCUGGAAUCCCGGUUCGUGAUCGAGGAAAUUCUGGAGAAGGUUGACAAACACGGGUCGAAUCUCGAACUGAUCGAUUCCGACGCUGCGAGAGCGCUCCGAUCCCCGAGUGACGGAUUUAUUAGGGAUCUCCUCGACACGGUACAAUCUCCUGCUCGUCCCGACGCCGCCGUUCCUGUCAAAGUGCCUGAUGCCGGCGUCCCGGAGAGGUUGGUCACGAUUUCCGACAGCUCGUCUCUCGGAACCUCCGAUCCUGAUGCGAGCGAAGGCCUCUCGGAUCCGAACCGCGAGAUCAGCCUGGUCUCUCCGCCGAGCAAGGGUCAAGGCGCCGGCGAGAUUCCUCCCGUGAAGCCGUUCGGUCACGUCUCCAGUUCGGACGCUCCUGAGAAGAAAGAUCCUCCUGCCGAGGGAUGA